CUAGCAGUCCACAUGCUUAUUAGUUUCUCUCAUUAGGCGCAACAGUUGGUUUUGGAGUCUUAAUCAGCAAUCAGUGCGCUUAUCUAACUAAUUAAUUAAACAUCCCACCAUGGCCAGCAACUACGAAGGCUACAAGUCCCCGUUGAGCACCCGGUAUGCCAGCAAGGAGAUGCAGUUCCUGUUCAGCGACCAGAACAAGUUCUCCACCUGGCGCCGGUUGUGGGUAUGGCUGGCGAAGGCAGAGAGCCAGCUAGGGCUGGAGAUCACAGGCGAGCAGAUUGCUGAGAUGGAGCGGGAGAUCACAAAUAUCGAUUUUGAGGCGGCAGCCGCUGAGGAGCGACUCACCCGCCACGAUGUGAUGGCCCAUGUCCAUGUCUUUGCCAAGCAGUGCCCUGCGGCGGCUCCAGUGAUCCACUUGGGUGCCACAUCGUGCUAUGUGGGUGACAACACGGACCUGAUUGUCCUGCGUGAUGCCCUCAAACUGCUCUUGCCUCGAGUGGCCAGUGUAAUAGCUCGACUGUCGCAGUUCGCUCAAAGCUACAAGGAUCAGCCCACGCUGGGAUUCACCCACCUGCAGCCAGCGCAGCUUACUACCGUAGGAAAACGGGCUUGUCUUUGGAUCCAGGACCUGAUAAUGGAUGAGCGAGCUCUAAAUCGCUGCCUCGAGGAUCUGCGCUUCCGCGGUGUCAAGGGAACUACUGGCACUCAGGCCUCAUUCCUUCAACUCUUUGAGGGGGAUGGCGAGAAGGUGAAGAAACUGGAUCAGCUUGUUACCGAACUGGCUGGCUUCAAGAAAGCCUACUCCGUGACUGGCCAGACCUACUCACGCAAGGUUGAUGUGGAGAUUGUGGCCGCUUUGUCUAGCCUUGGAACCAGCAUCCACAAGAUGUGUACCGACCUGCGCAUUCUGGCCUCACGCAAGGAGCUGGAGGAGCCCUUCGAGAGCACUCAGAUUGGCUCCUCGGCAAUGGCAUACAAGCGAAACCCCAUGCGUUCCGAACGCUGCUGUGCCUUGGCCCGUCACCUGAUCACCUUGUUCAGCAGUGCUGCCAACACCCAUGCCACCCAGUGGCUCGAGCGAACACUAGAUGACUCGGCCAACCGGAGGUUGACUCUUUCGGAGGCCUUCUUGGCUGCCGACGCAGCAUUGCUCACCCUGCUGAAUAUCUCGCAAGGACUUGUAGUCUAUCCGAAGGUGAUUGAGAAGCACAUUGCCCAGGAAUUGCCAUUCAUGUCCACGGAGAACAUAAUCAUGGCCAUGGUGAAGGCUGGUGGCGAUCGCCAGGUGUGCCACGAAAAGAUCCGUGUGCUGUCCCAGGAGGCGGGCGCCCAGGUCAAGCAGCACGGCAAGGACAACGAUUUGGUGGACCGUGUGCGAAAGGAUCCCUACUUCUCCCCGAUCCUGGAGCAGUUGGACACAAUUCUGGAUGCCAGGACAUUUACGGGCCGAGCCAGCGAUCAGGUGGGCGAGUUUGUAGCCGAGGAGGUGCAACCAGUGCUGGCACGGUAUGCGGAGGCCUUGAAAACCGUUCAGGACGUCAAGCUCAAUAUUUAAAUUCCACUCGACAUCGAUUACGAUUAUGUUGCCCUGUAUUAAGCAGACUUUGUUUUCGCUAUUGUAAAAUACACACUAACAUCCACACCUAAUCAGCUGCGUCAGUUGCAGUCGAAAUUCAAGAUUAUCACCAGGGGGAAACGCUCCGAAGGGGUCGAAUGCCAGUCAGACCCCCGGAGUGAUAUUUCUGUUUGUUAUUUUUGUUUUUUUCGCCAGCUUAUUUACAAUUAACAAAACCACAAGCCUCGAAUCGAAACGAAUCGAACUCGAGCUGACGUUCUUGAUCCGAGUAAACAUACUUGCCGCCUUUGCCUAUGCCUUUCGCCACUUGGGCUGACAUAUCACGACUCCAAGGCAGCCAGCACCGUGGGUCUGCGGGUCGAUCUCAAGUUAUACUUUUAAUUAUCCGACAUGCAGACAUAAAACAUAUAUGUAGCUGAGAAUUAUUUUGAACAAUUGUUAUGGUUGUUAGCGCCUACCGGUUAUAAACUAGAAAAUUGGAAGCUCAGUUUUAUGUUCUCAUUUACAUAUAUUGUUUUACGACGAAAUAAAUCAAGUACACGAUCCCAUAAAA